UCCCAUCAGCCACUGCAGCUAGUCAAUGCUAGUGUGUUUUCCUUAAACCGCCUCCGAUGUGACUUGUAAAUAAAUACUCAAACAGUUUGAAAGGUCCCACAAUGUCUGAGCUAUUUAUGGAGUGUGAGGAGGAGGAGUUGGAGCCAUGGCAAAGGGCAAUACCAGAAAUCAGUUUGAUUGACGAUGAUGAUGACGAUGAACCUAUCUUUGUGGGAGAAAUCUGCAGCUCAAAGCCCAUAUCGAACAACAGACCCAUUGUCAGCAGCCAGCGUCAUCAGCCGAGUGCCAUAUACCAGCGGGGCCCUUCGCUGACCUCCACUCAGAAGACCAGCCAGCCUCUGGUGAACUCUGCCAAACACCCGGCAGCCCCUCACCUGGCAGUCAGGGCCCCAGCACAGUCGGCAGGGGGCUCCGUCCUCAUCCCUGUCAGCUCCCCUUCAGCUCCACAGCAGGCGGCACCCAGGACCAUAAACCCCAUCUCCCCUCAGCCCAUCAUCAUCAACAACCAGGGUUAUAUUGUGUCCUCACCACAGAACCUCCACAAUAACUCAUUCAUCACCUCCCUUGGCUCCCAGUAUCCACCAGGCACAUCGUUCGCUGUUCUCCAAGCUGGUCAGCAGAUUGGGCAGCAGGUCGCCGCCCAGCCCAAGCCGUUGCCGGGCGUUGUCCACAGGCCCCAGGUGCAGCUCAUCCAGAACAACGUGGUGACCCUGUCCAACGUGCAGGGCCCUGCCGACAUCUCGGUCCAGCCCCGCACCGCACACAACCCACAAGGGGUCCAGCUCAGCCAGCAGAGCAAGCACAAUGUGGGCCCCAUGGGCCCCUCCAAACAGAUGACACCUACUCUGCAGGCUGUGAACAACAGGGAUAACGGCAAAAUGAAACGAACCGCUCUGCCUGACUCAAAUAACAGCACCAAUAAAAGAACCAAAAUCGACACAGAGAACGAAACGCCCCUGAGUAGGAAGUGUCCAAAAUGUCACGUUCAUUUCAACUUGAUGGAGCCGUUAAAAAGUCACAUGAGGUCCUGCUGUCCUUAUUUGCUGGAGACCAUCUUCCCGUCCACCUCAAAGCCGGACCGUGCUGGGGCGGCGGCGGUAGCGACGGCGACCACGCCAGCCCGCAUGUACGACGUGGAGCGAGGCAAGCUCAUCAUGCUCGUGUCCGACUUCUACUACGGCAAGUGUGAGGGGGACGCGUCGGUCACCCGCGAGCAGAAGUCCAACACUACGUUCAAGUGCAAUAGUUGUCUGAAAACACUAAAGAACAAUAUCAGGUUCAUGAAUCACAUGAAGCAUCACUUGGAGUUGGAGAAGCAGAACAGCGAGAGUUGGGAGAGUCACACCACAUGUCAGCACUGCUACCGCCAGUACUCCACUCCCUUCCAGCUGCAGUGCCACAUAGAGAGCGCCCACAGCCCCUACGAGUCCACCACUAAUUGUAAGAUUUGUGAGUUGGCCUUUGAGACGGAGCAGGUCCUCCUGGAGCACAUGAAGGACAAUCACAAACCCGGAGAGAUGCCAUAUGGCUGCCAGGUUUGCAACUACAGGUCGUCAUUCUUCUCCGAUGUGGAGAACCAUUUCCGCACGGUCCAUGAGAACACUAAAGACCUCCUGUGCCCCUUCUGCCUUAAAGUCCUGCGCAGUGCACACAUGUACAUGCAACACUACAUGAAACAUCAGAAAAAGGGAAUUCAGCGCUGUGGAAAGUGUCGAUUGAAUUUUCUCACCUACAAGGAAAAGGUGGAACACAAAACACUAUACCAUCGAACUUUUAAGAAACCGAGAAGCCUCGAAGGACUGCCUCCAGGAACUAAGGUGACAAUUCGUGCCUCCCUUACUGGAGGGUCUGCCAUGUCUCCCAACACCGCUAGCAAGUCAUUUGUCAACCUCGUGCCCACAAGCCCCGAGACAACACGACCAGUGGCUCACAAGUCCAGCUCGAACGUGGGGAGGACAAAGAUGAACCAGGCCAACAAGAGCCGCAAUUCUACCCACAACAGUGAGCUCAAAGGCUUGAAGCUUUCUGGAGUGCACAAAUGUACUGAGUGUCUUCAUGAAGUCACUGACCCCUAUGUUCAUUAUCCCCUGGCACUGAAAUGUUCUAUAUGCAAGUAUCGGACGAGCUGUCAGAAGUCUUUCGGGCAGCACCCAUCAAGGUUCCAUAGCAGUUCCUCCAAACUGCGACUGAGCAAGGUGAAGAAACCUCUGCGUGGUGUGCGGAGUCUGACCCUCGUUUGUCUAAACUGCGACUUCCUGGCUGGUGCCUCUGACGCGGACCGCAUGUGCGAGCACCUGCUCAGCCGGCCCAACCACACCUGCCAGAUCAUUUUAGAGACAGAUGUGGAGUCGUCGACGGUUAGCUGUACCCUCACUGACUCUGCUAAGGUCGAGACCCAAAGUCCUACAGAGGUGGUCUGCUCGGACCGUUCGGUGGGAACCACAGAUUUCUCCUCAGAAGUGUUCUCCCUGAAGUCCGAGCCAAGCGAGGUUGAAUCGCUCAGCAUCGUUAGCGUGUGGAGCGAAGGCCCCGCGGCACGCUCAGCCGACGACGCGUUAGAAAACGCGGAGGUGCCGAUUCAGAGCCUCCAAGACCGCGAGGAUGAAACAGAGACCGGGAUUGCUGCACCCGUGGCAGAGGGCAGCCACGGGGGGAAAGUGUCCCAAAGCGUCUCGCCUGUCUCUUGUGAAGUGGCGGCCCCAAGCCCCUGCAGCCUCAGGGAGGACGAAGGGCAGGUCACGGCGGACGACUUCCUGAAUAAAACUGACAGGACGGAGCGCGUGAGCGUGCAUUCGCCCCUGGAACCUCUCACGCCUUCGAAGGACCUGGAACGCGAUGCGGCGGAGCAUGCACCGGGCACAAGCGAAGACGCUGCGCUGGACCGUGCGACGGACGUCGAGGGCGAGCCCUCAGUGCCCCAUAACCCCCCAGAGCCUUCCGUGUCAGAGUAGGGCAGAAUACGGAUGCUCUGCUGUUACACAGUUCCACUUCUUUUUGAAAACAAAAACAAGGUGCAUUAAACAGGCUGACUGUUGUUACUUAAUGUAAGACUCAAGAGCCGGAGAGCGUUCGCCCACUUGAACUUUGUUUUCCGUGGGUUAAUAUGUCAAGAUGUGUCAACAUCUGGUUGUGAUGAAAUCUGAGCUUGACUGUGUUACUGUACUUCAAUACAAAGUAUUGCCUUCCCUCAAGAAUGAUCUGUUUCAGAAGGAAACAGAAGGACUGGGAAAUUUUUGGAAUCAUCUAACGUAAACCUUUUUGCUUGCCCUAUUUAUCCCAGUUAUGUUUUGGACAUUUUAGUAUCAUUAACGUAGGAAAGUUGGCACAGAAAUAACCGUAAAGAGUUAGCGUUUAGAUGAGAAUGUGGCUGAUUGAGUGUAUAGUAUAUUGCAUUGUACAUUGUACUUGACUGAUAAAGAAUUCCCCUCAAAAAGGA